UCACUGUAUUUCAGCAACAUGCAGAGUUGGCAUGUUCCUACUAUGCCUGUGGUUUGGACUCUACGGCUGUUUGAAGGCGUGUUCGCAUGAUGUCUUUGCCAUCGCCACGAAUUCCUCCUAUCCCUAGCAAGGAUAGGCAAGGUGCUCGGACUUCACCAGUGCCAGAUGUGCAAAUUCUGCUUUCACGCCCACGAGCCUGCACCAGCGCGGGCAAGGUGAUAAAACCUGAAAUGAAGCAAACUUUGCAACUCCUCAACAAGGAGAUCCAUCAACGUCUAAAAGCAUGCCGUGGCUUGAAUCGACGCCAAUACCCUUUGGUUCCAACCACGAAGGAGGUGGUGAGCCCAAUUCCAGAAGAUCCUGAGGGACAGCAAGGCCCUAGACGAGAUGGAAGGAGCCACUCACCUCCUGAGAUCAUUCCGGAGGAGCCGGUGGCUGAAGCGAGUAAGGUGAUACCACCAGUGCAAGGUAGCUGGAGGCAACGCCUGAGAAAUCGAACUUGGCGACUACCAGCAAGGCCGCUGGUAGCUCACAGUGCUGAGCAUGCGGCCACUGAGCGCCCAGCCAUUACGACCCGGGCAUCUCGGGCCAGAGGCAGCCACAAAGAUGAAGCAAAGCAUGGACGUGCUCGUGCUCGAGAGCGCAUCUCCACACGACGUAUGUCCCUGGAUGAGUUUUGGGCCCCUUUCGAGUCGGGUUCCUCCUCCUCCUCUAGACGAAACUCAGCUCAAGAGUCGACAGGGCACCACGGGCAGGGCCGCAAGUCUGGUGCGAAGAGGUUUCCACAGGCCUAUGCUGGCCGAAGGGGCAGUUCAAAUGAUCGCCGGCACGUCAGCAUGCGCGAGACUGACUCUGACGUCGAGGAUGCUGAUGAGGAUGGCGACGAUGUGGCAAGCGGACGACUGCCCGACAGGACUCAGCCAGAUCGUUCGCAUAAUCUUCAGGCGUUCGUUGAGGUUGAGACCAAAGAGGUCGAGAUCAGCUUCCAGGUGGUAAAAUGGUCAACCCAGCGACAAGAAAGCCCAGCAGCAGAUCUGGAGAAGCAGAGUGGCUGGUGGGAGUCUGCAAAUGGCACUGUUGAAAACCAGUUUGUGAUCCUACAACUUGCAAACAAGGAGCCAAAGAGGCUGCACGCUCUGGAACUGAGCCUUCCGGGGAAUGAUGCGGGACCGCGCUCCUGUAAGUUGCAAUACUCCAACGAGAGUACAGACGGACCAUGGAAGGAUGCCUGGAACUUCCAGGUGGCUUCCAAGUCAGAUGUGAAAUGCCGAACAACCUUCGAAACUGGCACCAAUAUCAUGAAGGACUUCAAGGAUUGGCUCGUCCGUUCCUACCGUGGGAAUGUCAACGAGGCUUGGAAGUUACUCUUUCACGAGAAGCUGCUUGAAAUUCCGUCUGCAGACUUCCUGGCUUCUUUGACGAGAAUCAAGCAACAGAUGUUCCAUCCUAACCAUGGCCUGCCGUCAUGGUGCCAGGAGGCCCAACGGCUUUGUGACGAGCUCGAUCCUGCAAAGAGUGGUGUUGUGACACUGGCAUCUAUCCUCGAACCAGCCCAGCCACCACCUGAAGCGUGCUACUGGAAGCUCACCAUUGUGAACAACUGGGGUUCGACGAAGCGACUGCAGGUCAUGUCACCCUUGAGAUUGACUACCCUUAUCCAGGUACAAACAGGAGGAUUGUCUCGGAUGAGGGCUUCCUUCAUCGACCAUCAGGCUGGCCAUCUUGCAGGUGACUCAUUGAUUCGGGCGUUCGAUCUAGAAACCCUGGGUGUUGACUCUGAAGCUGUACAACUCCGCCGAUUAGCCAAGAAGUACAGCAUCAGCAUUCUAGACAUUGAAGACAUGCACCGUCUGUUUUCCAAUGCUACAUCGGAUGGAAAAGUCAUUGUGCAGUCAGAGUUUACCAGUAUGCUUCUGAAGCUGUAUGGAACCGAAGACCUCAGCGAAGUCCCGCCGAAAGAGGCCUACCGGUUCACGAACUUCGCCCUUGCAGAGGGCGCAACGCCUGCGUUUCUUUUGGCAGCAAGCAGAUCAGGAUGGAAGCGGCGAAAUCGACUUUGAGGAGUUCAUCAUGUGGUAUGACCGUUACAGUGAAGAGAUCUUGAGCAGAAGGAAAACACGGCGACGUCGCGAGUCCAUAGAUGACGAUGGUUAAACUGAUGAGCUGCAUAGUCGGAACUCGGAGCCACUGGCAUGCUACCUGCUGCGAAGGAGGGCCAGACAUCCAGAGCAUUAAAUGCCUGAGAUUUAAACGUGGAAAAUCAAAACAUGAUCCCCCCGAAGCCUGUACAAAGAGGAAUGCAGGGAAUGACAGGAGAACAUUCCA